UAUAAGGUCAUUGGAAUUACGAGGGCUACAAUCCAUCGUUAUUAUAGCAGAUAAGAAUGGGGGGGGAAAAUGAAUAAAACGGGAGCAAAGUCUAACCAAAGAAGCCGCGGUUAUUAGACAAAACACAGGCGUGUGGUCGUUACACACCAGCGCGUGUAUCGGACAGGUAAACGCGGUGGAGGUUUCGCUUAAGCCGAUCAAGGUGGGAUUGAACGGAACGGGUUCCUCUUCUGCCAUAAUCCACACGUUAUCGUGAUUACGGACACCGAAAUCGAGGAUGUUGCGGUUGGCGUGCUCCACGGCCCUGCUCUUCGUUCUCAGGCUGCUCAUAGGCUUGUCCUGGUUCCAGGUUGUGCCAGCCAUUCUCAUUUUCUACCUGGGUUCUGGAGGAUGGAAGUCCCUCGAUGUGUUUGUGAAGACCAUAUACCGUGACUUGCAUGCAGCCAGUGUUUUGCUGAGAGUAAAACUGAACGUCAAAAAGCAUCUACGUGAGCGUAACACAGUUCCCAAACUUUUUGCCAAGUCUGUCCAGAAAUACGGUGACAAGACAGCUCUGAUUUUCGAAGGGACAGGCGAGAAAUGGAGCUUCAAACAGUUAGAUGAUUACUCCAACCGUGUGGCUAACCUGCUUCUUCAGAGGGGCUUUAAGGAAGGUGACGUGAUAGCUCUGUUCAUGGAGAACCGCUCACAGUAUGUGGGUCUCUGGCUGGGCAUGGCAAAGAUUGGCGUGGAGGGGGCACUCAUCAACUUCAACUUGAGACUGGAGGCCCUGGUUCACUGUGUCAACAUCUCCAGUGCGAAAGCUGUGGUGUUCGGCAGUGAACUUACAGAUGCGAUGUGCGAGGUGCACAGCUCUAUGGGAAAGACUGUUAAGCUGUUCUGCUCUGGAGAAUGGGACCCCAAACGGGUUCCUGAAGGAACAGAGUGUCUGGAACCACUCCUUGAGAUGGCCCCUGCAAACCAGCCCAGGGAACCAGAUCGCGGCUUCACAGAUCGCCUUUUUUACAUUUACACGUCGGGAACCACUGGAAUGCCAAAAGCUGCUAUUGUAGUACACAGCCGGUAUUACCGCAUGGCUGCCCUGGUGUACUAUGGCUUCAGAAUGAAGUCUGAGGAUGUGCUUUAUGACUGCUUACCACUUUAUCACUCAGCAGGAAAUAUAGUGGGAGUUGGCCAGUGUCUGGUCCAUGGAAUGACUGUUGUCAUCAGGAAGAAGUUCAGUGCUUCAAAGUUCUGGGAUGACUGUACCAAAUACAACUGCACUAUCGUGCAGUACAUUGGUGAGAUCUGUCGCUAUCUGCUCAACCAGCCAAAGAAGGACACUGAGCGACAGCACAAAGUGCGCAUGGCCCUCGGUAACGGCCUCCGCCAGUCCAUCUGGGAGGAGUUCACCAGCCGCUUCAAUGUACCACAGAUCGCAGAGUUCUAUGGAGCAACCGAGUGCAACUGUAGCCUGGGCAACUUCGACAACAAGACUGGAGCUUGUGGAUUCAAUAGCCGGAUUUUACCCUAUUUCUACCCCAUCCGCUUGGUGAAAGUGGACGAGGAGACCAUGGAGCUGAUCAGAGGACCUGAUGGAGUUUGUAUUCCAUGUGGCCCAGGUGAACCUGGUCAGUUGGUUGGCAGAAUCAUUCAGAACGACCCUCUUAGACGAUUCGAUGGCUACGUCAACCAAUCAGCCACUAAUAAGAAGGUCGCACAUGAUGUCUUCAAAAAGGGAGAUAGUGCCUACCUUUCAGGGGAUGUGUUGGUGAUGGAUGACUACGGCUACAUGUAUUUCAGAGACCGUACCGGAGACACGUUCCGCUGGAAAGGAGAGAACGUCUCCACCACUGAGGUGGAGGGAACACUAAGCCGCUUGAUGGAUAUGAAAGAUGUAGUCGUGUAUGGAGUGGAGGUGCCAGGUGCUGAAGGUAAGGCAGGGAUGGCGGCCAUAGCAGAUCCAGAUCACAGCACAGACCUGGAGAAGUUCAGUCGAGAGCUGGAGAAGGCUCUGCCACCCUACGCUCGACCAGUGUUCCUGCGCUUCCUACCAGAAGUGAACAAAACAGGGACUUUCAAAUUCCAGAAGACGGACAUGCGGCGGGAGGGAUUCGACCCCAAUGUAGUCUCUGAUAAACUCUUCUUCCUGGACUGCACUAAGGGACUGUAUAUAGAGCUGAAUGCAGAGCUCCACCGCAACAUCGUCACAGGAAAGCAGAAAUUAUGAGACCACUGCCAACCUCUGCCCAUUCCCUCACCCUCCCUGAAACUCCGCCUUCAACGGCCCUCAAACCCGCCGCCAUCAAAAACCCGCCCCUCGUUACCUCAGCAAACACAGUGAGGGGCUGCAGGAAUACAUUCUGGUCAUGUUCAAGUCCCCAUUGGUUCAUUUGUACACCCAAGCAUCCCUGUUGUCGACAUCUCAUCCAAAUUUAGCAAACAUAAAUAUAAAAACAAAUUGCAUUGAAAAGACCAAACACAUAUCUGUCAGACGGUAAAGCGUUCCCUUAACCUAAGCUGCACAAUGCUUGCCUAGCUACAAGAUUCAGGACUUGUGAUUGGCCCUCGUUUGUUUUGAUUGGUUUGACAUUGUGAAUGCACCCCUCAAGCCAUGACCAAAACCAUGUGAAUCGACAUGCAAUACAAACCCAGCGCUGGCUGUGCACUUUUCUGCUGCCAUGACUUGUUCAGUGCUAUUUAUUUAAAUGUAUAUCAUGCACCAAAUAUAUUUAAGUUGUAGAAAAGCUUCUCAUUUAUUUAUGCCAUGAUUCUGUUUGCUACAUUGAAGACGUCUUGUAUGAUUGCACCAUUAUGGUAUCCAGCUUACCUCUUCAAAACUUAAGGCCUGAACAUACUGUACAUUAACAUAUACGCUUCUGACUACAGAAGUGCGAUUUUGUGUGUCAUAGUGUUACGAAAUGUAACUUGUAACGCAAUGCAAGUAUGUGUUACAUUCUAGAUUAUUUUUAACUGUUUUUAAACUGAUAUUAGCGUCAGCGGUUUUCCUUUUUAGGUCAACUACUAUUAUGGCAGAGCAACAUUUUAAAGACAGUCUUGUUGCACACGUUAGUUAGUUAGUUAGUCGAAUUGUGUAUAGCAAGCUACCUGAAUCAUAACCAGUGUUCGGUAAGUCCCUCGAAAAAUUUAAUCCACUUCAAAUAAUACUAAAUACUAAUAACUUCUUUAAAAUUGUAAUCGGAUUACUAAUUACUUAAUCGAACAAGUAAUUGCAUUAAUUACAGUGUUGGUUGUAAUCAGAUUACUAAUUAAUUAGUUAUUGUAAUCUAUUUACUUUUUAGUCAAUAAAGUAGUGCAAUUACAUUUAAAAUACUUGUAAUCAGAUUAGUUACUUUCAAAUAAUUUAAUUACUUUUAAGUACAUUAUAGGGUUAUGCUUAUUUUUAAUAUAUUAUUUAUGUAGAAUACAUGAAUUAUGGCCCCAUAAAGAGUCAUUGUGAAGGAGAAAUGUGAGGUUCUGAGUGAUUGACUUGUGUGUAACAAUGAACAAGGAAGAAAUAGACAUUAUUUUGAAUUUGUUGAGUGGAAAAGUGUUUUAUAAAGUAACUUAAAAGUAAAGUAAUUAGUAAUGUUAUUACUUUUUCGAUUAAAUAAUUAGUAAUCUGAUUACAAUUUUAGAUAAAUAAUUAGUAAUUUAUAGUGGAUUACUAUUUUUAAAUAACUUGCCCAACCCUGAUUAAUAAUUACGUCUACAUUAAUUUCUAAAACACGUUUUUUUUUUUCUGCUCAACAAAUUCAAAAUAAUGUCUAUAUAUCCUCCUUUAUCAUUGUGACACUCAUCAUACACUCAGCACCAUGUGUUUCUCCCUUACAAUAGAUUGGCUAUGGGGCGCACACCUUUCAGCUGUGACAAAAAUGCAAAUAGAUGUUCAUAUGGACAUUAUUCAUGUUUAAAAUUAUUCUACAUAAAUGUAAUUUUAGUAAUGUGUAACCAUGUAAUAUACUUAAAAGUAAUGACCUUAUUGAAAGUCAGUAACUAAUCUGAUUACAAGAGUUUAAAAUGUAAUGUAAACACUAUUUUUGGACUAAAGUAAUUAGAUUACAGUAACAAAUUACUUGAUGCAUCAUGUUGGGUGUAAUCUGAUUACUAAAUUUAAUGGCACAAACAUUUUAAGAUUACUCUAUCGCCACUUAGUGUACUGAGGUUUGUUACUGCCACAGUAACGCAUGAACUUGCGUAAAAUAUGUUCAAUGAGACCGCGUGCUUCCAAUGCAUUGCCCAAGCAUUCGUGUCUUUGUUUGUGUACUUGCGUAAAUAUGUUUCGGGCCGUAGUGUGCACUGACAGCAUGAAAACUUUGAUUUUCACCGAUGUCUAUUUGGAUCAGCAGAGUGCAGGUGUGGCCUGGUGCAACAUUGUGCAGACUGGGCGUCAUGGGUUUGCUUCAUUUUGCUAGACGUGUUGACAGUUAUGUUUUCGACGAGGACAUCUUGGAUUCUCUACAGGACACUAUAGUGGACUUUGCAUGGAGGCUACUAGAAGUUAUGUAAUACUCUGGUGCUAAAGAACAUUGUCUCUUUUCCAUCUGCGUAGCGGGGGCUGACUUUGCUGGAUAAGCUUUAAACUGACCUUGCUCCUUGACGAGAAGAGAUCGGAAUCAGAGGAAAAUGAAGGGAAUCGAUAUUUCUGUCAUUUAUACCAUUAUAGUUCUAGUUUUUCUUUCAGCGGCAUGAAUGAUCGACGCAAAUAGAGCACUGUGCCUUACUGUCAGGUCACCAUGUAGUGUUAUUGCCCUUGUCCUGUAUCAUUACACUCGACUUACCCUGGACCUCAUCCUAUUAACUUAUCUACUGCAUUCCAUGUCUCUUUAAAGGGAUAGUUCACUCAAAAAUGAAAAUUCUGUCUGAAGGGGAAGACUUUCAGUGAAUAGCAACUUCCUCACACAAAUUCUGUCAAAAAGAAAGUCAUGGAUUUGAAAUUACAUGAGUGUGUGCAAAUGAUGGCAUAAUUAUAAUUUUUGGUUGAACUUUU